GUUUCUUCUCCGAAUGUUAGAAAAGAAGAUUUCAAACAAUCUUUACAUCAAGCAAUGAAAGAAAAAGGCUUAGACACAAAACUUAGAAAUACUGUGUUUCACUGGGUACGGACGCAAACUAAACAAAAUAAAUUGGAUCCAAUGACUUCUUUGAUGAAAGCUAGCACGCAAUGGGAAAAAAGAAUACACAAAUCGUUAAAUUCAAUGUGCUCGGACUUAGAAACAUCGUUAGCAAAAAUACGAUCUCAACAGGAACAAGAGGAACUCACCGAUAAAUGGAAUGAACUUAGCACUUACGGUUUAGAUUUAACAAAAUACAGACCUGUAUAUGCUCCUAAAGAUUUUUUAGAAGUAUUACUCACUAUGUCUGGCUACGUACCUUUUACAAGAGAAGAUGAGCCUAAAUGGGAGUUUGCUCAUUUGCCAAUACAAGUCAAAACCUUAGAUCAGUUGCGCAAAAUUUACGUGGAAUGGGCGAAUGGCGAGCCGCUUCUAGGCGUGAACCCCAACACGCCCAGCCUGGUGCCGGGCUUCGCCACGCUGGAGGCGGAGCGCGUGGGAUUAGGGGAGAGAGUGGCGGCGCUGGGGUAUGCGCCUGUUGUACAGGAGUACCUUAAAAAAGGCAGCCCUCAGUGCCUACGAGCUAAACUUUGGUCACAAGUACUUGGCGCUGAGAUUAAACCACAGCAUACAUCGUACUUUAAUCAGCUUAAGAAGAGCGUAUUGGAAGUGGACCUCAUGAUAGACAAGCUGAUAUUCAAAGACGUACAGUUAACAGCUUCCAACGACGACCAGUAUUUUGUUUUUGAAGACCUUUUAUAUCAAGUAAUGUUGUGUUUCUCGCGAGACUGCGAAGUGAUGCAACAUUUGAGAGGCAGCAUCGGUAAUCCACUGAAUGUGACGAUAAAAGGCAAGCAAACUUCGGUGGACAGCAUAACAGUGUUCCCGCCUAGCGGAAUUAUACCAUUUCACGGGUUCACUAUGUAUGCGACCCCAUUUUGUUAUUUGUACGACGAUCCAGUACAACUUUACUACACAUUUAGAGCGUUUUACAUCCGUUAUUGGCACAGACUUCAUUACAUUUCGACGCAUCCACAGGGUAUUGUAUCAUUAUGUCUGCUAUAUGAGAGGCUGUUGGAAGCGCAUGAACCACUGUUGUGGAUACAUUUCAGAAAUAUCAACAUCAAUCCCAUCAGAGUGGUGUUCAAAUGGUUGAUGCGUGCGUUCAGCGGUCACCUGCCUCCCGACCAGCUCCUCCUUCUCUGGGACGCCAUACUUGGCUACGAUUGCCUCGAAAUACUACCUCUUUUAGCUAUAUCCAUAUUAAGUUUUAGAAAAGAAAACAUAUUCCAAGUGAAUACGAUACAGAACGUAGAUGCCGUGUUAGCAGAUCUGUCUACAGUUUCUGUUAUUCCAUUGCUACAGUUGGCUCUAAUGAAGGCCUAAAGUAAGAUUGAUUUAAAUAAUUUGUACUAUCGAACUGAUCUGUCAAACUGCUAUUUUCUAUCGGACCUCUCUUACUUACUCAGUACGUAAGACAGGGAUGGCAUACAAAAUGGCCGAUUGACACAUCUCUUAAUUGGAUUUAAUUGUGAUGUAAGUAGUUUACGUGUCCAAUUAAAAAUGGACACUAAACAAAAUCAGUAAGGUCAAAUUUAGCAUGACGCAAGUUGGUAUAGGGUUAUGCACGCAAGCUUUUGAUUUUCAACUGGCAUGAUAUCAAAAUUCUACCAUUUCAUAACCUCUCUUGCUCUUGUUACAACAAAUUUUAUUGCCAGUAGUAACACAUAUAUAUGAAGACACUAGAGAUAUAAGCCGAGACGGGCUUUAGAUAAAAUUAUGAAACACGAUAUUUUCGGAUUUAAAAAAAAUAUAUUUCAA